CACGCUGAAGUAAAAUCCUUUACGUCUCGUUGGAGCAGGCACUCAGUUGUCUUUCAAGUAUCACGCUAACAAUAACUUUGAUUGAAAACACUUUUAACAACUUAAGGCUAAAAUUAUGGCUGAAAAGAUAGACAUGGAGGAGACCAAGGCGUCCAACGGGGAAGCGCACCUCGACGAGCCCGUGGUGAAUGGACUGGACACGCACAGGAAGAGCGGCAAAGAGCCCCUAUCAGAGCGGGUCAAGAGGAUAGUGAAGGCCAACAUGCUAGUCAUCCUCACCGUGGCGGGGGUCAUCAUUGGGGUCAUCAUUGGACUGGGGGUACGCGAAAUUCAUCUAACCAAGACGCAAAUAAUUUACAUAGGUUUCCCCGGUGAGCUGCUUAUUCGGCUGCUCAAGAUGAUCAUCAUACCCCUGGUGGUGUGCAGUUUGGUGUCCGGGGCGGCCAGUAUUGACCCCAAAGCCUUGGGCAAGCUCGGCGGCUGGGCUAUGCUCUUUUUCCUCAUUACGACGUUAAUCGCGUCGUCCAUCGGAGUGAUCAUGGCUUUCAUCAUAACUCCAGGAGCGGUAACUGGGGCUAAACCAACAAUAGCAGGACUGGACGAAGGAGUACCUCAGGCUAAAGAAGUUAUUGACUCUUUCUUGGACCUGAUCAGGAACAUCUUUCCAUCCAAUUUGGUGUCUGCUGCCUUUCAGUCGUAUGCCACUGGCUAUAAGUGGAUCAAGAUAAACGGUACAGAUCCAAAUUCUAACAUCACAAGGGAAAAGGUUCCCAUUGGGACAGACCAGGAUGGCAUGAAUAUUCUGGGUCUGGUAGUGUUUGCCAUUGUGUUUGGUGUGGCACUAAGAAAACUCGGAGACGAAGGAGAGAUUCUGAUUAAGUUCUUUAACUCGUUCAAUGAGGCCACCAUGGUGCUGGUUUCCUGGAUUAUGUGGUAUGCCCCUAUUGGUAUCAUGUUCCUUGUGGCUGGUAAAAUUGUAGAGAUGGAAAAUGUCGGAGAACUGUUCGCCAGCUUGGGCAAAUAUAUAGCCUGCUGUAUUAUUGGCCAUGCCAUCCAUGGUGCUCUUGUGCUCCCAGCAAUUUACUUCAUCAUUACCAGGAAAAACCCAUACACCUUCCUCUGGGGUAUAUUCACAGCUCUGGCAACAGCUUUUGGUACAAGCUCCAGCUCUGCCACUUUGCCGUUAAUGAUGAAGUGUGUAGAAGAGAAAAAUGGAGUAUCCAAGCAUAUCAGCAGAUUUAUUUUGCCCAUUGGAGCAACUGUAAACAUGGAUGGAGCGGCUCUCUUCCAGUGUGUGGCUGCAGUAUUCAUUGCUCAGCUCAAUAACCAGUCUUUAAACUUCAUCCAAAUCAUCACCAUUCUAGUAACUGCCACAGCUUCAAGUGUGGGAGCAGCGGGUAUACCUGCUGGAGGAGUUCUGACUCUAGCUAUUAUCCUUGAGGCAAUAGGACUGCCCACAAAUGACAUCUCCCUGAUUCUUGCCGUUGAUUGGAUUGUUGAUCGUACCUGCACGGUGCUGAAUGUGGAGGGAGAUGCCUUUGGAGCUGGCCUUUUGCAGCACUUUGUCGACCGCACGUCCAAAGGUGGAGGAGAGGCCCUAAGUGAGGUCCGGGUGGGCCAGGCAGAAACUGCUCCGGAGCACUCGCCUCUCAUUGAGAAACGUGGAGUUGAGGCCAGACCUAAUGAAAAAGAGUCUGUCAUGUAAUAUUUUUUUUGACGUAACUCUAUUACUUUAACCAUUAUACAUCAAGCCACUUUUAAAUAUUUUCCAAAUACCCCAAAGUUAAAACUUAACAGUAUAAUAUUUAUUGCUAAGAGAUUAUGUGGUACCUAGACUAAUACUUUUUUAAAGUAAGUGUUUGAGACGGACAGACACUGUUACACUUCAUCUAAAACAUGAAUUUAAGGUACAGAUACAGGUCAUAGAAAACACUGACAAUAGUGCUUAUGGCUUCCUCAUGAGUCCCCUCUUGGGCAGUUCAUUGCUCUCCUGAAAAUGCCAGGUUAAUACAUCUUUGUAUCAAGUCAAAUGUUACAUGACCUUGUUCUGAAGGAGCAUGCAGAACAUGUCUUAAAGUUUUUUUUUUUCUUGGAAUUCUUCAAGUAUAAUAAUACGCAGAUUUUUGUAGAGGCCUAAUUUUGUAAGUUUGGUUCAUUUAUGUCCUCAUUGUAAUAUUGGUUG